UACUGACAUCGGAACCAAAGUUUACUUGCUUGCAUUUCGGGGGAUCCAUUUGUUGAACGGAAUCAAAACUUUCCCCUCCUCUCUUGAGCCAGCAGCAAGAUGCUAGUUUACAUUCUGCAAGAGAGGUCCGAGGCAUUAAAAUGUUUCGCGGGACCCUUUUAAGGAUUUUAAACCGAAUAUCAAAAUAUCAAUUUUGCAUGAUGAUAAAGUCUGCAACCACAACUUCCUAGUCACCCUGACCCAGAACCACCAAGAGGAUCUUAGAUGCUGCUGUCUUCAGAGCUGUGAAAAAAAACAGUCUUGUUUUGUUGUUGACGAGUCCCACCAUGGCCGGAAGAGGGCGCGGGAGAGGCCGGGGCCAGUUGAGUUUCAGCAUGGAGGUGGUUGGGAUUGGGAAAGGAGACAACCUGCCCCCCGCCACCCUCCAGCCGACCCCCCUGUUUCCUCCUAUGGAGCAUAAGCCGGUGCCCUUGGUGGUGGGAGAGGAGGCGGAGUACAUGUUGGCUCUUAAGCAGGAGUUCCGGGCAGCCAUGAAGACCCUCCCCUUCUACAUCAAGCCGGCCGCACCCAAAAAAGAUGUGGAGCGCUACUCUGACAAGUACCAGUCUGGAGAAACUGAAAACCCAACCGAGUGGGAUCCAGACUGGAAGCAGAUGCCCAAAGAACUACGCACUCGGACAAAGAGACUCCAGAAAGAGAAAAACGUCCCACCGUCCAAAAAGGCUGCUCAGCCCAGAGUAAAAAAAGAGGAAAUCAUCCAAAAACUAGAGACUCUGGAGAAGAAAGAGAGAGGGGACAGUUCAGAUGAGGAAGAGGAGGAGAAGAAGAAGCCCGAGGAAGAGGAACAGGAGGAAGAGGAGCAGUAUGACGAGGAAGAGUUUGAAGAGCAGGAGACGGACUACAUCAUGUCCUACUUUGACAACGGGGAGGAGUUUGCGGGGGACAGUGAUGACAACAUGGAUGAAGCCAUCUACUGACGACACCGUACAGUAGUGCACUUCACCCAGGCAACAUGGGCCUAUACUACAGAGCUGCUUCAGGAGCAGAUCAGCUUAAGUUAAGAGGUAAAUCAUCUAAUAGAAGAGCCUGGAGUCCUCAUUCCUCUCCAGGCUCUUCUAUUAGAAUUUACCUUUUAACUCAACUUGGUUUACUCCUGAGCUAACAAGGACUCCAGGCUCUUCUAUUAGAUGAUUUGCCUCUUAACUUCACCUGGAUUACUUCUGAACCAGCUUGGUUGUAUAGUCCCCAUGUCUGUGACAAACUCUCCAUUCAGCAUUAUUAUACACUCACAGAGGUGAAGCAUAGAGACUAACAACUAACAAAUAGACAACAAAUAGGCAACAUGGUGUCCUGGGAUCCUAUGCCAUUGGUCUCACUUGGAUUGCUGUAUGAUGUAAUUCCCUGUGACAAUUGGCAGUCAAUCCGAUGUGGAAAAAAAGUCUCCCAUGUACUCUGCUGCAACUACGUUGAAAAAUCAUAACAAGCAUAAUGAGGAAGAGGAGGACUGGACGUCUUCCUCACCUUCAGAAAAUAGAGAUGAACUUACGUCCCCCCUUCCCUCUAUUGCUCCUCCACCUCAUUGUAUUUCUAUUCCUCUCCCUCCUCC